AUGGCUCCUCCUUCAGACGGCGUUACCAUAGAUAUAAGUCACAAGCCUGGUGGAGAUGGACCUACAUACUAUGGAGGUAAUGGUGGAAGAGAUGUUAAGCUGGAGAAGGAAGAGGAUCCUCCUGGCUCAGGCUUUUGGAAGUUCAAACACACAAAGAACGGUAGUAAUGGAAAUGCUUUCCAUGUUGAAAAAGUUACGUCUGGAGUUACUCCAGUUUCAGAGUUAGAACAGAUUGAAAAUAUUCAAUAUCUAGCAGUAUGGUAUCACUCUGGAGAUAAAAAUCACAAUCAGCCCCUUCUUAUAGAAAUAUGGGAGAAAGGUGGUACUUAUAAACAUUACAUAACUAAGGGAGGUGGCUCUUGGAAUCCACAUGAUAGUGGUUCUCAAUCUCAACUCACCGGUAAGGAACUGGAACAGAAACUUGAUUACCUCAACUGCCAAUAUUACAAAUCGGUAAAUAUCGAUCUAACUCACAAUAGAUAUACGAGUGGAAAGUCGUACUGCUGUGACAAGCAUAAAGGUACUAGAACAGAAAAGGUCUCCGUUACUGGCAAUAAAGUUGCCUCUCAAAUUCCCUACGUCAAACAUUUUAUUGGCAACAAAAGUACGCUCUCUGGUAUUAAGUAUUAUCUCAAGGAUGGUAGUCAAAGGAAGAAUAUAACAUUACACGGAUCACGAUUUCCAACCUCUGUGAAUAGUGUCUAUGCUUUCUAUUGUACAGGGAAUGGACCCUCACUGAUCUGUAUUAAAGAAGAGAGCCAUCAGACAGUUAACUGGUACAAGAAGCCUAAUGGUGAUGAUUCUCAGUGGACAAGGGUACAGGGUAUAUCAAAUGAUCCAGAGAAUAUAAAAAACUGUAAGGAUAACAGUGAAGAAUUCGACCGACUUGUGACGGAACUAAGACUAUUCGGUUGUCAAAACUUGAAAACAUGUACUGAAUCUUCUUUAUCCUCAUCCCCAGCACUAGGUGCUUCUCAAGGACCUCAGCCUGCUCUUCCUACAGCUGGUGAAGGUGAUCUUUCUGGACCUAUAGAAUCUUCUGGUGCUAAUAAUGCUCAUUCUGAAGGUGAAGAAGAACCUGGUACUGGAUCUGCUGCUUCUACUGCUACUGAAGAUGCUGCUGGAGAAGGUAAAGCUGAAGCUCUUGGUGUUGGAGCUGCUCCUGCUGCUUUUGGUCUAGGAUUCAUCCUUAAAAUAUCUUCAGGCGUUUUUGGUGGAAGUGGCGCAGUUGGUCUCGCAGGAUAUCAUUUAUAUAAGCAUACCAGAGACCCUUGGUGCGAUCGAGCUGCCAUCGAGAUAUACUUAAAGUAUGACUUGCGUGAAACAUUCGAUUGGAGCACACAUCUCUUAUUCCUUUACGUUACCGCAAGUUACGAAACUGCAAAGCAUCAAAGAAAUGAACUUAUCAUUCACGACAAGAUCAUCAAGACUGAAGAGGAAGCUUAUGAGCCAGGAUCAAACGUUAUUGCAAAGUACUACAUGGUAGACUACGCAAGGGGACUGCGUAAUAAGAAGAUAAAAUUGGAGCUUCAUUACGACUUUGUCCCAAUUGGUGGAUUCAUGCACAAGAAUAAGCUUUCAGAAUCCUACUUUUCAUUUCCGUCGGCAUAUAUAAAAUACAAGGGAAACAGAUAG